AUGGGUGAAGAAGCCUUAUUGAAUGAGGCAGAUGCGAAAAGUGAUAGUUCAGAGAAAGAAAACGGAAACUGGAAUUCAGAAAUAGAGUUUGGAUGGGAAUACGAACUUUCUAAAAACAAAUGGGUCGCAUUCGACAAGGAAGUCUCAAAAAAAUUAAACAGCUUUCCGAUGGGUUCUGAUUGUGCUGAAAUAGAUUUAGAAGGGUCGAAAUUAAGAAUUGAUUUUCAAGAAAUGAAACAAAGAAAUUUGACUACUGGAUUUGUUCGCCCCAUCAGAUGCGUGUGUGUCGAAGUGCAAGGGAAUUAUGCAUGGGAAUAUUUGGAUGAAAGAGAACGGUGGCGCAGUUUCAGUCCAUCCUCGGUCGCAAAAUUGAAUGAGGCAUUUAAAAAUGGUUCGGCUGCCUCAAGCGUUGAAAUCUCAACAGUAGCUUUUAUGGCUGACUUUGAGAACCAAACAAUAAUUAACAACAGUGGUUCAUUGAAGUAUAAGUUGAGAAGAGAAUUGUCAAAGGCUGCGAAAGCUGUCGCUGCAAAACCAGUCCCUUCACUGGAACGACUUAAAACCUUAAGGAAAAGGAAGGCAGCUGCUGUUAUAAAACAGGAGACGAAUUCCAGAAACACCUCGCUUUUUGCUUUCUUUUUUGUAAUCGAAUGUGAAAUUUUAGAAGACAGGUCAGAAGUACGUAAAGUCUUAGUUAAAGGAGCAGCGGCUGUUGAUCCUGAGUGCUUGGAGAAAUGCAACAUUGCCCAUGUUUAUAUGGAGGGGAGUAGCAUAUAUGAUGUGUUACUAAAUCAGACAAACACGCAGAAUAACAAUAAUAAGUAUUACAUAAUUCAGUUACUUCAAGAUGAUAUUGGGAAGGCAUACUCAGUUUGGCUUAGAUGGGGUCGUGUUGGUUACAAGGGACAGCAUGAUCUCAUACUUUGUGGAGGAGAUCUGGAGAAAGCAAAAUCUAUUUUUUGCCGAAAAUUUUCUGAUAAGACUCACAAUGAGUGGAGUCAACUGAAACAUUUCAAGAAAGUGGCGGGCAAGUACGACUAUAUACCUUCCGACUACAGAACAGUGAAUAAAGAUCCUUCAAAGAAAAAAGACAGUGCUUCAGUGCCCUCGAAGCUUGAUGUUAGGAUUCAGGACCUGCUCAGUUUAAUUUGCAAUUUACAAUUAAUGGAACAGAAUGUAAUGGAGUUUGAAUACGACUCGUCAAAGGCACCUCUGGGUAAGCUUACGAAGGAACAAAUAAAAACUGGGUAUUCUUUAUUGAAGGAUAUUGCAAGACAUGUUAGAAAAACUGACUUCUCGAGGAAGUUUGUCGAAGCGGUCAACAGCUAUUACACGAAGAUACCACAUAAUUUCGGAAUGAGACAGCCACCUCUGAUCAAAACAAUGGAGCAGUUAAAGAAUGAAAUGACACUCCUUGAGAUGCUAGCCAAUAUUGAAAUAAGUGUUCGGGCCAUUCAGGAAAAGUCUGGCGACGAAAACCUCAAUCCAAUUGACAGACAUUUCUUAAAUAUGAGAUGCGAUUUGAGCGUAAUCGCCUCUGAUGAUCCGCAAUACAAGAUGAUAAACAAGUAUCUACAAAACACUCACGCUCCCACUCACAGUCGUUAUCGAAUGAAAAUAAAGCAAGCUUUCAUCGUUGAUCGUGCUGGAGAAAGAGACAAAUUUUUAAAGGAUUUGGGAAAUAGAAAGCUGCUGUGGCACGGUUCUCGAAUUACUAAUUGGUAUGGCAUCCUUUCGCAGGGGUUGCGCGUUGCACCACCGGAAGCUCCAUCGACAGGAUUUAUGUUUGGCAAAGGAAUUUAUUUUGCUGACAUGUCGAGUAAGUCCGCAAACUACUGCUUCCCUCAGAAGGACAAGCCUGGGAUAAUGGUCCUUGCUGAAGUGGCGUUGGGCAACCCACGCACUUUGUUUAGAGGGGACUAUGAUGCUGACAAACUCGACGAUGGAAAGAACAGUACAAUAGGGUUAGGGAAGAUUGGUCCAGACCCGGCAAAAGAUGAAGCAACCAAUGAUGGUUGUGUGGUCCCCUGCGGCACUCCAAUCCCUCUGAAAAAGAACGAAGAGAAAAAUUGUGCGUUGAAUUACAAUGAAUAUGUUGUAUACAACACCGACCAAGUAAGGAUCCGAUAUGCUCUUGUUCUGGAAUUCAUAUUUCAACAGUGA